AUGUUGUACAAAGUCCUUAUUUGGAGUAUUUUGGUGAUGUUAAAGCUCACAAACUGUGUAGAGUUCUCAUUUUAUUCUACUGAUGCUCGUGGUAACAACACUAUACAUUUACGUUCCGGUUCCACUACCGGUACUGUUGUACGAUUAGGCGGAGGAAAAACAGUAUCGUUUCAUUUUUGUCUACGACAAAAGACGACUGUGUUUGUAAAGGAUAUUGUGUUUUCUAACGACGGUAAAGCUGAUGAAUGCUUUCUAUAUCUCGACGAUUUUCUGAUCUCCUCUUUUGCCUCACGUGAUCUAACCUCCUGGGGUACGAGGUGGAACGUGUUCGAAAACGCCACGAUCAACAAAGGACUGGAACUUCUGCGUGGAUGGCACGUAUUGAAGCUCAAACUUGCGGCUGGUGAUGCUUUAGAGAUAGAUAGAGUUCAAGCGGACUUUUCAGAUCAGCGACUAUCUAAAGAUUUAUUGGACUGUUCGUUAAUGUGUCAAUCCACACAACCUUAUAUAGCUCAUGGUAAUACAUACUUACCGCAACAUGGUGUAGCAUCACAGUCGAGCUAUCCGACAAAAUGUGCCGAGGAGGACAAUGUUAAAAUACCUAUUGUGUUGCAAGGGAUUUUGGAAUAUUCAGUCACCGCCACCCUCCCUACAUACCGGUCCUUUGAAAAUCGACGCGGAAAGAAUACAGCCGGAUGCUCCUUUUUACCUCAUACUUAUUGGACGUUUAAAAACGUCGUGCUGCCCUCUCGUGUCACUUCGUACGAGGACGAUUCGGCCGUAAUGACCAUUAUGAAUGAGUCUACUCUUCCCAAGUGGUCCAAAAUAGCUACGAUAACAUUCGCAUUGAGGGGUCAGUCUGAGGGUCAUAUUGAUGCUAAUAUUGGCUCAAUUCUAACGAUUUUGAUAGAGCCGGUGAAUACGAUCGUAGCUGCAGAAGUUACCGUGAAUGGUAGAGCGGGAUCAAAAUUAAAUCUUCCCACUUUUGCAUUUCUUCCUGGUGAAAGACUAAAAAAUGUAAGUAUUCCAGAUUUUACUUGGUCUGAAACGUUGGACAACAUUGUAACCUUGUCGUUUACAACCCAAGAUGACGCGUCUAUCAUAACAGUUGCUGAGCUAAGGUUGGAAAGACGUCCUAUGAAACCAGAGCGUACCCAAAUGGUCUUCUUUAACGAAAAAAUCAUAGUUGAAGUGGUGUAUAUGGAUUUUUGGUGGCGUGCACCGGAAUCGAUGAAUAUCACAAUGGCACCAAACGGACUUCCAGAAGCCAAAUCCUACGACGGCGUUGCCUAUUUUAGAAUUUCGCGUCCAGUGCCAUGGUCGAAGAAAAGUUUCGCGCAGAUUUUUGUGAUGUAUCAGGAUGGAAAUGUACGUCUAUUACAGCUUCCGCCUCCAGGUUUAGAUUGGAUUCCGUUUGGAACGUCAGUUAUCAUUGGUGCCACGGAUCCUUACGACCAUCGGCCUUAUGCCCCGAUUUCUAAUGUUCAAAUAGACCCCAUAAAUUCCAUCAUGUAUGUAUGGUAUAAUGACGGCAAUUAUGCCGAAAUUCGACUAGUCUCCGCUCUAGAAGAGACUCAAAUUGUCGUGUCUAAUUUACGGUUUACGCAAGACAUGUCGUCGCAUCCGUUUGCGACAUUCCGUUCCAUGUACGUGGAGGACGGAUUUUCCGAUUGUGACAGUAUAAUAAUUGAUGGACAAGAUUCCUAUCACAUUAUGGAUAACUGGCUGCCGAAAUCCGGCAAAUCUUUCAUGUGUUUCAGACGUUGUGAAUCGAAACAUUUAACUCUUAGUCCAGAUAUACUGUUAAAAAUAAUCAAGACCAAAUAUGGUCAUGUACACACCUGGUGGAAACCUUUUCUCAACCUGCAAAAACUUCCAGGAACACCUGCUUACCAAUUUCAUCGGUUUUCUUGA